UUGCCCUUUAGGCAUUUAAGUUGAAUUUUUAUGCAUUUAACUCGGCAUAGUUUCAGUUCAUGCAGACUCUUAUUUUGACAUCGGUUUACUGAGCUAAAACAGGAAGUAGUUCAUGGAGACUCUUAUUUUGACAUUUGUUUACUGCGCUAAAACCGGAAGUAGGACGCUACGUAGAAUUCACCACGUUAGAUAACGCAUUGGAAAUUCAAACAGUCAUCGCGCCAGAGAAAAUACAUCAUGUUCGUUGACUCCCCAGCAGAAGCAUCGCUUUUUCACUCUCUCGUCUCUCAUCACUCAUCUCGUGUGUGUGGAUUCAGCACAAUGUGAAGACAAUAAAUCUGCAUAAGAGGAACUCAGGAUGUCUUCAUGUUCAUGAAUAAGAGAGAGUUUAGCUCACUGUUUAGUUGGAGUUGCUACACCUCAGCGAGAACAGUACAGUGAAAAAGCGUAAUCCAGCUUGAGUUCAACGUUUCUGAUAAGCAAACAGAGAGGUAAAAUGGAAGCAGAAAGGACUGACAAUGCAUCUGUGCGUACUAGGAAAUCAAAAAGCUCUCAGUCAACAGCAUCGAGUGCCACAGUAAGGGCACGCGCUAGAGCAGAGGCAGCGAAGGCACGAGCAGCGUUCGCUGAGGAAGAAGCACAGCUGAAAGUUGAAAGGGCAGCGAAGGAAGCGGAGCUUCAAUUAGGAAAAGCAAAGCUGGAAGCCAAACUAGGCGCACUCGAGCUUCGAAGAGAGGCAGCUGCAGCCAUUGCCCAAGCGGAGGCAUUGGAAGCAGCUGAACUGGAUCUAGAAGAUUCAAUCAAGACCGACAUAUCUUCUCGGGCAAAUUUACAAGGCGAAAUUGUAACACGCACUAAAGAAUACGUCGAAGCGCAAGCCGAACAUAACGUAGUACAAACUCAUGCAUCAGCCCAUGCAACAUUCCCUGCGGCAGCAUCGUCAGAAGGGAGCUACGUCACAUGGGAUCCUCCAUCAGGACGCAACUUACAGUUACAAGAAAGGCAAGAAGAGGUUGAAACCCAUAAUAGACCAUCUGAGCAUAACACAGCACCGGCGAAAACCAAGAUGAUACAUCAGCCUCUCAAACCACAACUUAAGGCGGCAGCUCCAUCGUAUGUGCCUGUGCACGCACCAUACACCCCAAGAGUGACACCUGAAACAGAACACCUGGCACGAUUCCUGGCUCGUCGCGAUUUGGUGAGUACGAGUCUCUACCAAUUCGACGAUAAACCUGAAAAUUAUUUAGCAUGGCAGUCAUCAUUCAGCAACGCUACUACAGGCUUAGGACUCACCUCCACUGAAAUGUUGGAUUUGCUUAUUAAAUGGCUCGGACCAGAGUCCGUGAAACACAUCAGAAGGAUUCGCUCUGUACAUGUCAGGAACCCAGAUAUAGCACUUAAAAAGGCCUGGGAACGCCUCCAAGAGUGCUACGCUGCACCUGAAGUAAUGGAGAAGUCGCUUUUUAAGAGAUUGGACGAAUUCCCAAGAAUAUCAAACAAAGAUUACGGGAAGCUGAGGGACCUAGGCGACCUUCUUAUGGAACUUCAGGGUGCCAGAGAAGAAGGUUACCUCACAGGAUUGACUUACCUGGAUACCGCCAGAGGCAUUGGUCCCAUCGUGGAGAAACUCCCUCACGGGCUACAGGAGAAAUGGCUCUCAGUCGGCUCCAAGUUUAAAGAAGAUAACAAUGGCUACUUUCCUCCAUUCAAUUACUUUGCCGACUUCAUCUGCCAUGAAGCACGCCGGAGAAAUGACCCCAGUUUCAUAGUUCUAUGCGCCAACACCAACGGACUGAAGUCAGAUAAGGUAGUCUCAAAUAACUAUGGAAGAAAGAUAUCCGUUCACAAGACUGACAUCUCUUCUGGUGAAAACUCACCUCCGAUCUCACCGGAGAGAAAGCCCGGUGAGAAAAACUGUCUCAUUCACAACAAACCACAUCCACUAAGGAAGUGCAAAGUAUUUAGAGGCAAGACCCUCGAAGAAAGAAAGAGCAUCCUCAAGGAGAACGGAAUUUGUUUCAAGUGCUGCACAUCAGCCAGUCAUCUCGCAAGAGACUGUAAAGCAACAGUAAGGUGCAUAGAGUGCGACAGUGACCGACAUCAUGCCGCUAUGCAUCCUGGCCCACCACCUCAAGUCUACAGAAGGCCUACACCCCCACCAGACAAUGGCGGGGAGGAAGAGGAACAUGCUUGCGACAGCACAGCUAUCUCGUCACACUGUACCCAGGUAUGUGGUCCAGAGCAAAUAGGAAGAUCCUGCUCGAAGAUCUGUCUGGUAAGGAUAUACCCUCAAGGUCAACGUGAGAAGGCAACCAACAUGUACGUCAUUUUGGACGAUCAAAGCAACCGCUCGCUGGUGCGAUCAGACUUCUUUGAGCUUUUCAACAUCGAAGGCCAAUCAUUCCCCUACUCACUGAAGACUUGUUCCGGAUUGGUUGAGACGUCAGGCAGGAAGGCAGAGGGUUUCCAGGUCGAAUCGCUUGAUGGACAGACUAUCCUACCGCUACCACCGCUAAUCGAGUGUAAUGACAUCCUCAUCGAUCGCUCUGAAAUACCAACGCCUGAUGCAGCCCGUCACCAUCCUCACCUACGAAGGGUAGCGGCACACAUACCAGGACUUGACCCCAAGGCGGAAAUCCUCAUCUUGCUGGGCAGAGACAUUGUGAGGGUCCAUAAAGUCCGACAACAAGUGAACGGACCUCACAACGCCCCCUUUGCACAAAGACUGGAUUUGGGAUGGGUCCUGGUAGGAGACGUGUGCCUAGGGAACGCACACAAACCAGCCGUGAGCACGUUCAAGACAAGUGUGCUGGAGAACGGCCGACCCUCUAUUCUCAGACCAUGUGAAGGCUUCAUGAAGCUGACUGAACAUGUGUCCCACAGCAGGGAGCAAAAGAACAAACCACACAAGGCAUCGUCGAAGGUUCUUGGAUUAGAUGUCUUCAACGAGACUGAGUCCGACAACAAACCUGCCCCGUCCAUAGAGGACACCAUCUUUUUGGAAAUCAUGGAGCAAGAAACGUACCGAGACACGUCAAACAACUGGGUCGCUCCUCUCCCCUUUAGAGUUCCCCGUCAACGUCUAUCGAACAACCGCGAGCAGGUGUUCACUCGCUUCACCUCCCUGGAGAAGACGCUGCGGAGGAAAACUGAGAUGAGAGACCAGUUUCUAGAGUUCAUGAAGAAAAUAUUCGACAACAGACAUGCUGAAGUGGCUCCUAUACUAGAGGAGAACGAAGAGUGUUGGUACCUGCCCACUUUCGGAGUCUACCACCCACAAAAGCCCGGAAGCAUCCGCGUGGUGUUUGACUCCAGCGCAAAGUACUUCGGCACAUCUCUAAAUGGCAUUCUUCUGUCAGGCCCAGACCUCAACAAUUCCCUCAUUGGGGUGUUGAUCCGCUUUCGCAAGGAACAGGUAGCAGUGAUGGCCGACAUACAGCAGAUGUUCCACUGCUUUCUUGUCCGAAGAGACCAUAGGAACUAUCUGAGGUUUUUGUGGUACAGAGACAACGACAUGUCUAAGGAUAUCAUCGACUACAGGAUGAGAGUCCAUGUAUUCGGCAACAGCCCGUCACCGUCCGUAGCCAUCUACGGACUAAGGAGAGCCAUCCAUGAAGGUGCUCACAAACACGGAGAAGACACGGUCCAGUUCGUCGAACAUCAUUUUUACGUAGAUGAUGGGCUCAUCAGUGUGCCAACUGAAGCUGAAGCCAUCAGCCUCCUACGGAGAACGCAGGCCUCUCUCAGCGAAUCGAAUCUGAGGCUUCACAAGUUCGCCUCAAACAGCGAAACCGUCCUCCAGGCCUUUGCACCAGAGGAUAGAGCAGUUCCGAAAGACCUCGACCUUAGCGGUGAAGCUACACCAGUGCAACGCAGUUUGGGACUGUUGUGGGAGACCACGACAGACACUUUCACCUUUGCAGUCUCAGAGCACAAGAAACCCUUCACUCGCAGGGGAGUUCUGUCGACAGUGAACAGCGUGUUCGAUCCUUUAGGCAUGGUCGCACCCGUGACUAUUGAAGGCAAGGGUCUCUUGAGGGAACUCAGCGUCAACGCCUGCGACUGGGACGCUCCUCUUCCAGAACAAAAGCUGAAGCAAUGGGAAGCGUGGCGUGAGUCACUGCAUGACUUAAGCAAUCUGCAUAUCCCACGUUCAUACACAGCAACAUCACUUCCCAAUGCUGUACACACAGAGCUAUGCGUUUUUUCCGACGCAUCCACGAAGGCCAUUGGAGCAGUGGCAUAUCUCAGGACCAUUCAAGCUGAGGGACAAGUCGAAGUAGGAUUCAUCUUGGGAAAGGCUAAGCUGGCCCCACAGUCCGAACCUACCAUUCCACGGUUGGAAUUGUGUGCCGCAGUAUUAGCCGUGGAAGUCGCCGAGCUCAUCCGAGAUGAACUGGAGCUGAAAUUUGAUGCGAUCAAGUUCUAUUGUGACAGCAAGGUCGUGCUCGGAUACAUUCACAAUCAAACAAAACGCUUCUAUGUCUACGUUCACAAUCGAGUCCGACGUAUUCGUCAGUCCACAAGUCCUAACCAGUGGUUCUACGUCAACACAGAGGACAACCCAGCUGACCACGCAUCCAGGUCAGUUCCUGCGUCCCAAUUGACAAAGACUAUGUGGUUCACUGGACCGGCCUUUUUGCACAAACCAAAUUCAUCUGACACAGACUCAAGCCAGACGUUUGAACUCGUUAACUCAGAAUCAGACAUGGAAAUACGACCCGAAGUGAGUAGUUUUCUUACUCAGACUCAGAACCGGGGCUUUACCGUCACGCGGUUACAGCGCUUUUCAUGCAUGCGCGCCCUUACCAGGGCUAUCGCCCUACUCAUCCAUAUAGCUGGCACUUACAGACACGACAAGUCCAGUGAGUGUAAAGGAUGGCAUCACUGCAACCUCCCACGUACUCCGGAUGAGUUGCUUCAGGCGAGACACAUCAUUAUCAGAGCCGCACAGGAAGAUGUCUUUGCAAAAGAGCUCACGGCUCUCGAGCUUGGAAACGCUGUAUCCAAAAACAGUUCCCUUCACAAGCUCAGACCUGUUCUCGAAGGUGGUCUGAUGCGCGUUGGCGGCAGAUUAAAGCACGCUGACUUGAGUGCGCAAGAAAUAAAUCCAAUCAUCGUUCCCAAGACCAGCCACGUUUCUUUGCUGUUGGUGCGACAGUAUCAUGAAGAGGUGAAGCAUCAAGGCCGCCACCUCACCGAAGGGGCUCUGAGAGCAGCAGGCUUCUGGGUCAUAGGGGGAAAACGACUAGUUGUCUCUGUCUUGCACAACUGUGUAGUGUGCCGAAAGUUACGCCGAAGAACAGAGGGACAGCUCAUGGCAGACUUACCCCCAGAACGCUUGCACACAUGCCCACCUUUCACCUAUGUAGGAGUGGAUGUGUUCGGACCAUGGCAAAUCGUCACCAGGCGUACAAGAGGAGGACAGGCCCAAAGCAAAAGGUGGGCAAUGCUCUUCUGCUGCAUGAGCUCCCGUGCCGUGCACAUCGAGAUCAUCGACUCACUAGAUACGUCCAGUUGCAUCAAUGCAUUGAGACGUUUCUUUGCCAUACGGGGACCUGCAAAGCAGAUAAGAUCAGACCGUGCAACAAACUUUGUUUCCGCUGCAAAGGAACUGGGACUAAGCCAACAAAAAUCCGACAUCACAGUACAGAACUUCUUGAGUCAACAUGGGUGCUCAUGGGUGUUUAAUCCUCCCCAUGCGUCCCAUAUGGGAGGAUCAUGGGAACGUAUGAUAGGCCUGUCAAGACGGAUCCUCGACGGGAUCUUGCUCCAAGACCGCGUCCAACUUACCCACGACCUCUUGUGCACACUCAUGAUGGAAGUUACUGCGAUAAUCAAUGCAAGACCACUUGUUCCAGUCUCGACUGACCCAGAGUCACCGUUUGCACUGUCUCCUGCAAUGAUACUCACCCAGAAGGUUGGCGUUACUCCACCACCUGGAGACUUCACAGACAAUGAUCUUCUCAGCAGACAAUGGAAACAAGUUCAGGUUCUCGCUGACAGAUUCUGGCGUCGCUGGCGUCAGGAGUUCCUCCCCACUCUACAAGCUCGCCGCAAAUGGAGAGAUGUCCAACGAGACCUCAAAGAAGGGGACAUUGUGCUCCUGAAGAAUAGUCAAGCUGCACGUAACGCGUGGCCUAUGGCAAGGAUCACAGCCGUCUUUCCUGGGAGAGACGGCAAAGUAAGGAAGGUGGAACUCAAGACGGCGGACCAAGGGACUGUGAAGGUGUUCUUGAGACCAGUGUCAGAGGUCGUUCUUCUUCUGGCCGAAGACUGAUGGUUCAGAGACAUUCAAUAUAGUGACCUUUAAGGUCAGACGGGGAGUGUGUUGCCCUUUAGGCAUUUAAGUUGAAUUUUUAUGCAUUUAACUCGGCAUAGUUUCAGUUCAUGCAGACUCUUAUUUUGACAUCGGUUUACUGAGCUAAAACAGGAAGUAGUUCAUGGAGACUCUUAUUUUGACAUUUGUUUACUGCGCUAAAACCGGAAGUAGGACGCUACGUAGAAUUCACCACGUUAGAUAACGCAUUGGAAAUUCAAACAGUCAUCGCGCCAGAGAAAAUACAUCAUGUUCGUUGACUCCCCAGCAGAAGCAUCGCUUUUUCACUCUCUCGUCUCUCAUCACUCAUCUCGUGUGUGUGGAUUCAGCACAAUGUGAAGACAAUAAAUCUGCAUAAGAGGAACUCAGGAUGUCUUCAUGUUCAUGAAUAAGAGAGAGUUUAGCUCACUGUUUAGUUGGAGUUGCUACACCUCAGCGAGAACAGUA